ACUUUAGCACCUUCACAUUACUGUGUCGCGGCGACUGCGAGGCCGAGAGAAGAAACUGUGACACAGAGUCACUCAUUUUACAGACCAAAAAAAGGAAAAGUCGGAAGGAAAAAUAGAAGAAGGAAUCUGCGGGAAUUUUAAUUUAUUUUUGUUUAAGAUCUGAAUUCUCAAAUUUGGGUCAAAACCCAAACUUACAAUUCCGAUUCCAUUAUCAGUUUCGUUGAUUCCGGGAUCCUUGGGAUAAGGAAAAACUUUUAAGGACCCUUGAGAGAGAAAUGUUCCGAUUCGAGCAGGAGAAGAUCCGUAAACGACUUUGAAAUUCUUGGAUUUCUUGGAGGAGGGGGGCAUAGUUCUAUCGGACGGGUUUGCUAUGGCCGACGUGUUCUCUGUGAUUCCCGCCUCCGUGCUUCGCAAUCUCUCCGACAAGCUCUACGAGAAGCGCAAGAAUGCCGCUCUUGAGGUUGAGGGAAUUGUGAAGCAGCUCGCGGCGGCUGGGGAUCACGACAAGAUUUCGGCGGUGAUCAAUUUGUUGGCCUCCGAAUUUACAUAUUCGCCACAAGCGAAUCACCGGAAGGGAGGAUUGAUAGGAUUAGCUGCUGCGACAGUUGGGUUGACCAGCGAAGCAGCUCAACAUCUCGAGCAAAUUGUGCCACCUGUGCUUGCUUCUUUUUCUGACCAAGAUAGCAGAGUUCGUUAUUAUGCUUGUGAAGCUCUAUAUAAUAUCGCAAAGGUUGUAAGAGGGGAUUUCAUCAUAUUCUUUAAUAAGAUUUUUGAUGCAUUGUGUAAGCUCUCGGCAGACUCAGAUGCCAACGUACAAAGUGCUGCUCAUCUUUUGGAUCGGCUUGUGAAGGACAUUGUUACUGAAAGUGAUCAAUUCAGCAUUGAAGAAUUUAUACCCCUGCUAAGGGAACGGAUGAAUGUUCUAAAUCCUUAUGUCCGGCAAUUUUUAGUAGGAUGGAUCACGGUAUUGGACAGUGUUCCAGAUAUCGACAUGCUGGGUUUCCUUCCUGAUUUUCUUGAUGGUUUGUUUAAUAUGUUAAGUGAUUCUAGCCAUGAAAUACGGCAACAAGCUGAUUCAGCUCUUUCAGAGUUUCUUCAAGAGAUCAAGAACUCUCCAUCUGUAGAUUAUGGCCGCAUGGCAGAAAUACUGGUACAGAGAGCAGCUUCUCAGGAUGAAUUUACUCGGUUAACAGCUAUCACAUGGAUAAAUGAGUUUGUAAAACUUGGCGGGGACCAGCUUAUUCCUUAUUAUGCUGAUAUUCUUGGAGCCAUUUUGCCCUGCAUAUCUGAUAAAGAAGAGAAAAUUAGAGUGGUUGCUCGUGAAACCAAUGAAGAGCUUCGCUCAAUCAAGGCUGAUCCAGCUGAAGGAUUCGAUGUAGGAGCAAUCCUCACUAUUGCAAGGAGGCAAUUAUCUGGUGAAUGGGAGGCUACUCGAAUCGAAGCACUGCACUGGAUUUCAACCCUCCUAAAGAGACAUCGCAUGGAGGUCUUAAGUUCCCUUGAUGACAUAUUUGACACCCUUCUGAAAGUGCUGUCAGAUCCUUCUGAUGAGGUUGUGCUCCUUGUUCUUGAGGUUCAUGCAUGCAUAGCAGAAGAUCCUCCACACUUCCGCCAACUCGUUAUUUUCCUCGUACAUAAUUUUCGAGUGGACAAUUCUCUUCUGGAGAAGCGUGGUGCUCUAAUAAUCCGUCGGCUUUGUGUACUUUUAGAUGCUGAAAGGGUCUACCGUGAGCUCUCAACCAUACUCGAAGGAGAAUCUGACCUAGAUUUUGCAUCUAUAAUGGUUCAGGCUUUGAAUUUAAUUUUACUCACUUCCUCCGAAUUGUCUGAGCUCCGGAAUCUUUUAAAAGACUCGCUGGUGAAUCCUGCUGGGAAAAACUUGUUUGUUUCUCUAUAUGCUUCAUGGUGUCAUUCACCCAUGGCAAUUAUAAGUCUUUGCUUAUUAGCACAGACAUACCAGCAUGCAAGUGCUGUGAUUCAUUCUCUGGUGGAGGAAGAUAUCAAUGUCAAAUUUUUGGUCCAGUUGGAUAAGCUGAUUCGCUUGCUGGAAACUCCAAUCUUUGCUUACCUUAGAUUACAGGUAAAAGUAAAACUUGAUUAAGAAAAACAGGCAUAGCCCAAGUACACAGGGAGUAUACAAAGAAUAUGCCUAAUUAUCACUAAGAACUAGUGAUGAGUACAAGCAAACCAUGAAAACUGUCUUCAUUACAAAUAAUGACUGAAGCCCAAGAAAAUAGUGUGUUAAAAAAGAAUCUUUUCAGCUCUUCCAAGGAAAGCUCCCGGUCUUCAAAACACCUAUUAUUUCUCUUCAUCCACAAACAGCAUAUAAUACAAUGAGGGAUCAUUUUCCACUUAGUGGCAAUGUGAACGUUACCCUUAAUACCUGUCCAGCACUUAAAAAUAUCCGUAAGUCUUCCAGGCAUAACCCAUGCCACCCCGGUACAGUUAAGGUUCUCAUCCCACAAAAACCGAGCCACCUCAAUGUCAUGAUAGAUGAUCCACAAAUUCCCCCUUUUUCUUACACAAGAAGCACCAAUCCAUAAUGAUGAGACCACAUUUCCUCGAAUUGUCAGUGGUGGGAAUUCUCCCAAGGGACUUAGUCCAGAUAAAAAAAAGCAAUCUUAGGAGGAACCUUACAAUUCCAUAUACUCUUCCAAGGAAAGCAAUGAUCAUUAGAAAAUCCAGAAAGGGCCUUAAUCUUGAGCUGCUCUUAAAAAAAUGACAUUCCAAUGGAUAGAGCCAUUGGAACACACCAGCAAGUCAGCCACCAUGGCCUCUUUGUCACUAGAAAUCCGGUAAAGAGUGGGAAAAACAUACUUAUGAACCCUUGCACCACAACAAACACCAUACCAAAAAUAAACACCAUGGCCUUUCCCAACCACAAAUCUGAAGAAGUUGGAGACCUCUUCGAUCCGGAACAAUAUUUUUCCACAACCCCACACCAUAUGCCCCUUGACUUCAUUAGAACAAUAGUCCCUUUUAAUACUCGCGUAUUUUGAAUCUACUACUCUCCACAAAGCCUCUCCUUCUAGGUGAUAUCACCACUUCUCCUUUAUUGAAGGUCCUCAAGUUACGCACCCCCAAACCACCACAAGGUACUGGAGAACAAACUUCAUCCCAACCAACAAGAUGGAACUUGUCUUCCUCCCCAAUACCUCCCCAAAGAAAAUUGAGGAAGGUUUUCUCAAUACGAGAGGCCAAACUUGCAUGUAACAGAAAUAAAGAAAGUAUGUAGGGAGGUUAGAUAAAGUGCUUUUGAUUAGAAUGAUUCUACCACCCUUUGACAAAUAAAUUCUUUUCCAUCCUGCCAAUCUUCUAUUAAUUUUUUCUAACACACCCUCCAAAAUAGAUUUCACCUUGAAAGCAGCUCCCAAAGGAAGACCAAUAUAUUUCAAGGGAAGCGAAGGAACCUUACAACCCAAAAUGUUAAGCCAAGCACUAAACAUUAUUCAUUGAACCCACAAGAACCAUUUCAAACUUCGAUAGAUUCACCGUUAGUCCCAAGACAGCUUCAUAACAAAGCAAUAGUGCCCUCAAAUUUUGAAUAUGACCAUGAUCCGGCUCACAAAAAAGUAAGGCAUCAUCAACAAAGAGAAUGUGGGAAAUAUUAACACCUCCCACUAAAAAGCUAGAAGGAAAACCUCCAUUAACAGCUGCACCCAACAUACGACUGAUAGCAUUCAUAACAAUGCCAGAAAGGAAGGGGAAGAGGGUCCUCUUGUCUUAAUUCCCUAGAACUGUUAAAAAACCCUAUUGGAGGUCCAUUCACCAAUACCGAGAAAUGGACCGUAGAAAUACAAUGCUUAAUCCAUGAAAUCCAUCUUGGCCCAAAACCACACCUCCUAACACAAGAAGUCCUAGUUAACAUGAUUGUAUGCCUUCUCCAUAUCUAAUUUGCAUAGGAUGCCAAGUGUUCACACUUGGAUUUUACUAUCCAAACAUUUUUUUUUUAUCAGUAAAUAAGUAUUUUAUUGAUAAUAGGUGAAGCCAAGUACACAAGACAUAUACAAGAGCCACACCUAGGCACGACUGUCUAAAUAUACAAGAAAAUCAUGUAUGUUUAUGCCAGUAAAGUUUUAAGCUCCUGAUCGUUCCUCUCCAUCCAUAUGCACUACCAUAGAUGGGUCGAUAUCAUCUUCCACAUAGCUGCAAUUUGAGAAUUACCUUGGAUUCCUUGCCAACUCGCCAAAAAUUCAACCAUCCUUCUUGGCAUUGCCCAAAUGAGUCCCACUCUUGCAAAGAUAUCGUUCCAUAAGCUCAUGGCUACAUCACAAUGGAAUAAUAGAUGAUCCACAGACUCCCCACUUUUCUUACACAUGUAGCACCAAUCCAAUACAAUGAAGUGCGUUUCCUUAAAUUAUCUAAGGUGAGAAUAUUCCCUAACGAUGUUGUCCAUACAAAAAAAGAAGCUUUUUAAGGGGGCAACAAUAUGCCAUCAUCAUUCAAACAACAAUCGGCAACCCCACAGAACUCACCAAGGGGAGAAGGCGAACCAGUGGGUUAAAUCCCGGACGAUGGGCUGUCGAAGAUGAUGACUCCGGUAGGGCUGAGAAUCGGCCGGUCCGGACUAGAUAAACUGACCGGACUAGCCAUUUUU